GCAGAUCCCUAUAUAUGGGCGGGGGGGGGGGCGGUGACCACAAAAAGGAGUUCAGGUUCUACCUGGCAAAUGCUGGGCUGGGCGGAGGGUCUGCUGCAGAGAGCUCUGGGGGCCACCCUGCCUGCCUCCUUCCUUCCUUCCUUGCUUGCUUGCUUGGGGCCUCCCUCCAUGUCUACUCCAGUUCAGGCUUCACUGGGGCCUACACGGAGGCCUCCCUGCAAGCCUCGCCCGGGAGAAAAGCAGCUCUUGGCAGGCAGCUGGUCUGGUGCCUCGAUUGCCGGCCAGGAGGACAAGCAGGAGAGAGGCGGGCAAGCAGGUGACUUCCAGCCACAGGAGAUUAACGAACAGCGCUCCGUGACCGAAACCAGCAAAUGGUCACUGAAGUCAUUCUCGGACGGCUCCAGGAUCCAGCAUGUCAAGAGUGGGAACGGGAUCCUGGAUGAAGCGGUUGCCAGCAGUUCCCAGAGGAGUGUCUUCACGGUUGAGGACGAUGGGUGGUUCCUGCAGACCAUUGCCACCGCAUGGUCUUGUGAGGGUGCCGACAUCGAAGAGGCCGAGAUCCCAGAGGUCAACACAAGGGAUCAGGAGCUGGACGUGGAGAGUUUCAUCAGUUCCCAUAGCUCUUCUGGGACAUCAAAGGUCUACUUCCGGCCCACUUCCUGUAUCCAGCUCACCUGGCGAUGA